CGUUGCCAUGACGACGGUGGCUGGGUCAACGCAGACUCGGUUGGAAACUCUCCCUGCACUUUAAGGACCGUGCACUAUCGAGAGAUCCAUGGGCAGUAAGAAGAAAGAAAUUGCCCUGCAGGUCAACAUCAGCACACAGGAACUUUGGGAAGAAAUGCUCAGUUCCAAAGGACUUACUGUUGUUGAUGUCUAUCAAGGCUGGUGUGGCCCCUGCAAACCCGUGGUGAGCCUGUUCCAGAAGAUGAGGAUCGAGGCUGGCCUGGAUCUUCUGCAUUUUGCAUUAGCAGAGGCAGAUUGUCUUGAUGUCCUUGAAAAAUAUCGAGGGAGAUGUGAGCCGACCUUUCUGUUUUAUGCAGGAGGAGAACUGGUGGCUGUGGUGAGAGGAGCAAAUGCUCCACUGCUGCAGAAAACCAUCCUGGAUCAGCUUGAGGCUGAAAAGAAGGUGUUAUCUGAAGGCAGAGAACGGAGAGUGAUUAAAGAUGAGGCUCUUUGUGAUGAAGAUGAAUGUUUUUCUCAGGAAAAAGACAACAGUGAAGAUGAGGACGUGGCUUCCUCAGAGAAGAGCUGUACCUUGGCAAUCAUUAAACCAGACGCAGUGGUCCAUGGAAAGGCUGAUGAGAUUAUCAUGAAGAUCCAGGAGGCUGGGUUUGACAUUUUAACAAAUGAAGAGAGAACCAUGACAGAGGCAGAAAUGCGACUUUUCUACCAACACAGAGCUGGCGAGGAGGCAUUUGAGAAGCUGGUACAUCACAUGAGCAGUGGGCCCAGCCACCUCCUGAUCCUCACCAGGACUGAAGAUGCUGAGGACGUGGUCAGCGCCUGGCGAACCUUCAUGGGGCCCUGUGACCCCAUUGUGGCAAGGAGGGAGCAACCUAACAGCCUCCGGGCUCAAUAUGGCACAGAAAUGCCCUUCAAUGCCGUCCAUGGAAGUGAACGCCAAGAAGACGCCAGCCGAGAACUGGCAUUGCUCUUCCCCAGUUUUAAGUUUUCAGAGGAAGUUCCAAAAGCUACUCUGGAUAAGUCAGGCCACGAGGCCAAAACUAAGGACGAGGACUGAGAUGACUGUGCUGCUCUCCUUAUGCAUGGGACCAGGGCCGUGUCCA